AUGAAGAAUCGACACGAUAUGUCGAAGUUGGCGUCGGUACUGUUCGUGGUCCUGUGCCACUUGACAUGCAUCGUCAAGAAGUUGGUGUUCCAUUUGGACGCGCACCGCAUCGACGAGAUCAUCGCCAGUCUGGACGGUAGGUAUAGUAAUUUAGCUCUUUUUCUUACACAUAAUGAAGCGUGGGGUAGUACUCGUAGAUGGGGGUUAGAAGCACCCUUAGGCUUCAGGUAAAAAUAGUUAUAACAAUAUUUAUUUUUUUAUUCUCAGGUGUAGGUAGACAGAUUCGCUUGUUAUGAUCUUUUUGACUUCUGUUGGGAAGACUUAUGUUUAAAGUUGUAAAAGAGAUUUAAUGUCGAGAUUAUGGGGUCGCAGUGUCACGGGCAGGGCAGAGGCUGAUAAGGGUGUAGAUCCGACGUAAGCUCCGGUCAACAGCACCGGUGAACCACGGAGAAGAACCAUGUGAAAUAAAGACAGUCUCUGAACAGAAGUUCAAUAAGUCCAGCCACCUGUGGUCUGGAAAUAAAUAAGAUAGCUGCAGUUGCUAUAGCUUCCAUAAAAUCCACUCCAAUUUUUAGCAGACAAAAUAAAAUACCAAAUCUGUAAGGUAGAAAGAUAUUAAAAUGUUAAAUGUGCGUAUUCUCAGGACUUCGUUUUGUUACAAUAAUUAUUUAUAUUGAAUUUUAUGACUGUUAAUAUUACUUAAAGUACAGCAAAAAUUCUAUAAUAUUUCCUUAAAUAUCUAUUUCAUCUUUAUUGAAAUAGAAUAAAAAUAUUUUCGCACAUUAGGCUAAGAACUAGAUUUUCACCUCAGAAUUAAUGUUCAAUGAAAUCAAUAUUAUAAAACAAUGAAAUAGUUUGAGAAUUCAAAGUUUUUUAUUGGACUUGUGAUUUAAAAUUACUUGCAGGUAAUAAAUAACUUGAAAGCAGGCAGUAAAAACUAAAGAACUUAGAACACUCAACCGAUUUCGGAGUUAUGAACACACUCAAAAAUAUAUGAAAAACACUUAAAAAUGAAGUAUUGCAGCGCAAGAGGUCGUCUUUAUGCUAAUUCGCCAUCAGGCGUCGCGCUGCGUUCGUAUGUCUGCCUACCUCCAUACAAUAAUUGUAACCAGUGUACCUCCAAUUAUUUUAUAUGAUUAUUUUUUUUUAAAUAUUUUAAUAGAAGUUUAUAUGUAUCAAAACGUAAAAAGCAAUGAAACGUAUCAGAUAAACAUGCGAAAGACAGACAAAAAGUUUAUUACAAUUCACAUAAUAGUUGGUUGCGCAGAGGCAGUGUACAAUUCUAGAGGCGCGCGACACCGCACGAUGCUGCGGGACACCGCGCUCAGCGCCAUACAACUGCUGCGCCCGUACGUGGGGUGCGCUGUGGCCACGUGUGUGCUGUGGAUCAUGUUCCCAUUAGUGUACCGACUGCAAGGACAUCAAAUAGAAUUUCACUUUUGGGUUCCUGUCAACUACAAUCACCCGCUUAUAUUCCCAGUGGUGCUGCUAUAUUCUUUUUACGUCACAAAUUUGGUGGCCAUAGGGAAUCCAACGAUGGACGCUUUCAUUGGUACAAUUCUAAACCAGUGCAAAACUCAACUCAAUAUCCUGCGAAUGAAUUUCGAAGACCUGCCCGAGCGAGCUAAAGCGCUGGCCGUCAACUCGACGACUUAUGAGAUGGCGCUUAGGAAAUUAUUUUUAGACUGUAUACGGCACUUCGAAAAGAUUUCUGAGACAAUGGAUCAGUUGCUGAGUGUGUUUGGUUUCGCUGUGUUGGUUCAAUUCGCGGUAGGCGGCUGGACCGUGUGCAUGGCUGCCUACAAGCUAGUCAGCGUAAACGUGAUGAGCUUUGAUUUCGCUUCUACAACUUUAUUUCUAAUUUGUAUCCUGAUAGAGUUGUUCCUGUAUUGUUACUAUGGGAAUGAAGUAACAGUAGAGAGUGACCGCGUGGUGCAGUCUAUCUACAGCAUGGAUUGGUUGCACGCGCCGCUCUCGUUCAAGCGUUCCGUGGUGCUGACUAUGGAGCGCGCCAAGCGGCCGCUGCGUCCCACCGCGGGGCACCUCAUACCUUUAUCUCUAGAUACUUUUGUGACGUGGUGUGGUGGUGUCAGGUCGUCGGCAGGCCGCAGUGUAGUCCCGCACUUGCACAUUCUUCGUGUGUGCGGGUUCUGCCGUUUACGGCCACACUUUGACAUUCACAACGGCCCGCCCCCGCGCCUCCUCGACCGGCUCAUGAGACGUGUGCAUGCCAUCUACUGCACUUGCGCACUUAUUUUUACAUCUAUAUAUCUUGUACAGGAGUUCGUCUACGCUUAUCAGGUACGGAACGACAUGGACAAGCUGGCAAAGGUGAUGUUUCUUCUGCUAUGUCACAUCACCUCGAUCACUAAACAGUACGUAUUUUAUACUGACGCCGACCGCAUCGAUUGUAUGAUCACAGAUUUUGAUGAGCAGGCGUACAACUGCAGGGAGCCGGCGGCGCGAGUCCUGCUGGAGGGCACGGCUCGCAGCGCCGCCCGCCUCGUCCGCGUCUACUCCUCCACUGCCAUAGUCACCUGUGUCAUGUGGAUCAUAUUCCCUAUUAUCUAUUACGUCCGUGGGUAUCCCGUCGAAUUCUCGUUUUGGAUUAACAUCGACCACUCGCGUGCAUAUAUGUUUGUUAUAAUCUUAAUGUAUUCUUUCUACGUGACUACUCUAGUCGGCGUAGCGAAUACAACUAUGGAUGCAUUUAUGGCCACUGUUCUAUACCAGUGUAAAACACAAUUAAGAAUAUUAAGAUUAAAUUUUGAAAAUCUUCCGGAGAGAGCAAAAGUAAUAGUAAACACCAAUCACGAAGAGUUGUAUGAAAAUGUUUUGAUGAAGUUGUUUUUGGACUGUUUGGAUCAUUAUAAACGUAUAUCAGAGAGCGUUACACAACUACAAAAUAUAUUCGGUGUAGCAAUUUUCAUUCAAUUUGGUAUCGGAGGCUGGAUUUUAUGUAUGGCUGCUUAUAAACUAGUUAGCAGCAAUCGAGUGAUAGAGUCAAUCUACAGCAUGGAUUGGUUGCACGCGCCGCUCUCGUUCAAGCGGUGCAUUGUGCUGACUAUGGAGCGCGCCAAGCGGCCGCUGCUGCCAGUCGCCGGGCACAUCAUACCGUUAUCCCUCAACACUUAUGUAACGAAAGCAGUGACAAGUGCGUCUAUCGCCUGUCGAGUGAAGCCAGGCGGGGCUCGUCAACAAGAUACUCUCAAAAAUUGA